CCAACUCCGGCUACGCAAUGCACAGUAUUUUUGCGUAAAACUCCUUUCCGUGUUAAAACCAUUGAACCCAAAAUUAAAACGUCAUAUGCGUGUAUGUAGUAAGCAGGCACAAUAACCCCCAUUCCCAUCAUUAACACUAAACUCAAGUACUUAAUUUUUGUUUUCAUUUGCAGGCAUCCGGCAACACCAUACUGUUGUAAUUCCAAUCUUCUUCUUGUUCGCGCUUAAAAUUGGAAUGUGAUUGCAUAGGCAAAUGAAUUUGCAUUUAAUUUUAAUAGAUAUAAUUAGAAUAUUAGCAUAAAAAUCGGUACAAACACGCGUGUGAGUGUAUAUUUGGUGAUUUAUAGUGAAAUGUUAAAAAAUAUAGAGUGUAAUGUGGCAAAUUAUACUGAUGUUCCCAAGGGCAUUUUGAAUGUAAAUAAUUAAAAAAUUAUUAUUUCCCGAUUAAUUUAAAGUUAUAAAGAGUGUUCCUUAACACCUCACUAACAUCUCCACCAAGUUUCAUUAAAAAAAACAUUAUAGUUUGCCAGAAAUUCCAAGAUCGGCACUGUUCUAAACUCCAGCCUAAAAUAAAAAAUAUAUGCAUAUAAAUAUGCUUUGAUUCCAUUAUUUUUUUAAAUAUUGAUGUUGCUCUAGCGAAGUCACCUCUUAUGAAAUCGCCUUGGCUUAGCACAUUUAUCGAGGGAAAUAACAACGCUGUAAACACAGUUUAUAUCAGAUUAAAAUGAAACAUGAUUCGGAUCUAGGAUUAUGCACUUUGCCGCUUGAGUUUAUUCAGGAAAAUGUUUACCAGAAGUGUUUACUGCCCAAAAAUGUAUUUAAGACCUGUCGAAUUCACCCAGGCGAUUGGAUGAAAUGCAUGGUUGCUAAAGGAGAGCUCAACGGUUUUGUUUUAUGCCAAAUUUAUCCGCGUGAUAUUGAUCCAAAAUGUUGCUACAUGGAUACUUGUGUCGGGACUCUUACCAGCGCAGAUGUGGAAUACAGUCUAAAUAGUUUGGAAACAAUUGCAUGUCACACAGAGUCUAUUGAAAAUGUUGAGGUUACACUUGAAGUAACUGAGCAUUUUUUCAACCGCCGACUUCGCAAAUUGGCAGCUAAUGCAUUGGAAAUAACUAUAAAAGGGACUUUAGCAUCAUUGCAUUUGUCAGUGGGAUGUGCCGUUCGUACUGCAGAUGCUGUUGGUUUGGGAAUAUCUGCUAUCUACAUCGAUUCAUGUUCCAAUGCGGACGAAAACACAAUUUUCCAGAUAGAUAGCAACACUGCCGUUCAUAUUAAGAAUAUUCAUAUCGGCCAAAACUCUAAUGCAAAUUGCACAAUGCCCUUUUUCAAAUACGGAUAUGAGUUUGCAUGGAGUGAAAUGGAAGAUUUAUUGUCUCUCUUAAAGCUGCAAAAAAUUCAAAACAAAACUAAGGGCUUGCGACCUCAACUAAACGUUCUACUCUCCGGUUCCCCUGGUUGUGGGAAAACAUCAAUGCUGCGCGCAUUUUUGGCCGAAUAUAAGUUUAAUUGUUUUCAUAUUGCCACAGACUUGCAACAAUAUGCUGGGGAGACCGAAGCUGAACUGCGUAAUGUUUUCAAUAACGCAUUACAUUUGCAUAAUGUGCUUAAAUCUAAAUAUCCUACGGUAAUUAUUUUGGAGAGUUUGGAGCUGUUGUGCCCUGCUCAAAGUAGAGGAUCAUCCACAGCAGAUGCUACAAAUUCUAAUAGAAUUUGCGAACAACUGCUUAAGUUACUAGACGAUUUUCAUAAUGCGAAUGCAAGAAUUCUUUGCAUUGCGACCACAUCUGAUUCCUGUGGAAUAAAUGAUAGUGCGCGCCGGCCAGGUCGCUUUCAACAUGAAAUUGCCAUCGAUGCGCCGAACGAGCAAGCGCGUAGAAAAUUAUUCCAAGCUAUGUUUGAAUAUAGUCAAUCAAAACCAUUCUUGAAUAAAAUGAAACUAAAUACGGAGCUUCUUGAUUUGGUUGCGAAAAGAACACAAGGUUUUGUAGCUGGAGAUUUGGCACUACUUGUGCAAAAUAUUGAGCAAAAUCAAAUGAGGCAAAAAAGAGUACUUGAUGUGGUGGAUGUGGUGAAAUCAGCAUUGAAUUUGAUAAAACCUGCUGCGGCUCACAGUGCCGAUGUUACUGUAAGCAAAAUAAAAGAAGGUUUUGAAUUUAUCGGUGGUAUGGAUAACCUAAAACGUACUUUGGAAGUAAGCGUUUUAACUGGAUUGCGAAGACGGGAAACAUUUAAACAUUUUGGGCUAAAAUUGCCAAAAGGUUUGCUGCUUUAUGGUCCACCUGGUUGUGCUAAAACAACUUUUGCAAAGUGCCUGUCUAAGGAGGCCGAUAUGACAUUCAUUUCUAUAUCUGGUGCUGAGGUUUAUUCACCCUACGUUGGUUUUGCAGAAAAAUUUAUAUCGAGAAUUUUUGAUACGGCACGAAAAAAUGCGCCAUGUCUGCUAUUUUUCGAUGAAAUCGACGCGCUAGCCGGUCGACGCCCCAUUAGCUCAAAUAGUUCGAAUGAUGUACAAGUUCGUGUACUUUCAACCUUGUUGACGGAAAUGGAUGGUAUUAUUGAUGGUGCGGAUGACAGUAACCAAGAAAUACUUGUUGUUGCAGCCAGCAAUCGGCCGGAUAUGAUUGAUGAUGCUUUGUUGCGGCCCGGGCGUUUAAGUAAACAUAUAUUUGUUCCACCACCCGAUUUGCAGUCGCGCAUUUCCAUUCUAGAGCUACACUCCAAACGUAUGCCUUUUGCCGAAGAUGUGAAUUUGGUACAAAUAGCUGAAGCUGCUGACGAUUACACAGGUGCUGACAUGUGCAAUUUGUCUAAUGAAGCUGCAUUGUUGGCUUUUCAACGCAUUGAAGAGACCAAAGCUGAUUGUAAAAUUACAGCCAAUGAUUUCAUUACUGCUUUGAAAAAUACAAAAUCUUCGUUGUCGAGAAGUCAUAUGAGUCUAUACUCGAGGUUUCAAAGAAAAAUGGAAACAAAUUAAAUAUUGUUGAUCAAUUUAAGAGUAAUUGUAAAUGAAAUAUAAAGUUCGUUGCUUGAUUGUUGAUUAUUGACUUUUAAAAAAAUAUCUUUACAUGCACAAAUGCAUGUACGUAGCGGUCCUUUUUUUUUAUAAAUAAAGAAAACUAUAAAUAUUCUACACAUAUCACGAGGAUGUUUUAAAAUAAA